CCGCGCAGCAUCGUGAUUGACCAAAAAUUCUCCGACUGUUUGGAUCUAAUGUUUUUUUGCGUUAACUCGCUUGUUCCCCUCGACAGACAGAACCGUUAUUCGCCAGAAAGAUCAUGGUCUAUGGCAUGGAUCGUGAUGCGAACGGUCAAAACCGCGAGAUGUAACGGCCGUACGGGCCUGGGUUCCUGUUCCCCGAGGACUGGGACAGCUUCGGCUCCGCAAACUCGGGUACUACCUGUCUCCACGAACAGGUGGCCCGCAGCCAAUGUACUGUUGCCUCCGCGGGCCGCCCACGUUUCCACUCAUGCUCAUGUGUGGACUAUCAUUUGCGGCUUGCCUAGACCUGCUGAUGAGUGCGGGAUGGAUAGUCGGAUUAUUGUUGCACCUCGCCUAGCACUGCACGCUUUGGGCCCUGGAGUCGCAGACUCGCUCGCACUUAUUCCACCGUCGCCCCAUCUGCCAAGCAGGCCGUAUUUCGUCUUGUUGGAAUCCGAGGAAUCCGAACUCUUCAAGAUUGGAAACGGCCAAACCUGAUUCAGAAGUGUCCCGCUGCAGUCCGGGGAAUGUCGCUCAGCGCUUCCGUGGAGUCGGGCCGCG